CAGACGCUCCAUCCUCAGCAUCAUCAUGAAGGUAGAAGGCAGAGGCAGAGGUGCAGCACGCUCAGCGCGUGGAAGAGGUGCAGGCAAACCAUUCGGCGCACGUCCAAGCAGUAGCAGCAGCCAAGGCGCCAAUGGUCACCAGCAAUCGGCGACAGGCAUGCAUGCCCCGAUCGUGCCUUCUGUUCCACUCGAGACGGAGCUCUCUUCGCGUUCAUUUGCAUCUGCGCCCAUCAGUCCUAUCUUGAUGCGUACGAUUCUAGACAAUCUCAAAUUUGACAAGAUGACGCCUGUCCAGGCAGCAACGCUCGAUGAUCUCCUACAAAAGCAAGACUGCCUCGUUCAAGCCAAGACAGGCACGGGCAAGACACUUGCUUUCCUCAUCCCAGCUAUUGAAGAAAUGAUCAAAUCGCCAGUGCGCGGUAUCUCGCUGCUCGUUAUUACACCAACGCGCGAGCUUGCCCAGCAAAUCGCAAAGGAAGCCGCAGGACUGCUCCAAAACUUGCCAAAGUAUAGGAUCGGUAUCGCCAUUGGCGGCACCAACAAGGACAAAGAGCAGCGUGUCAUUCGCGGUGGCCGUGAUAUCUUGAUUGCCACCCCUGGUCGUCUCAUUGAUCACUUGGACGAAGAGACCGUUGUUGACCAAUUUCAACAACUCAAAACACUCGUACUGGACGAGGCAGAUCGCCUCCUCGAUAUGGGCUUCAUGCCAUCACUACAGCAGAUUGUUCGUGCUCUCCCAGACAAGCAAAAGACUGGCCGUCAAGGUAUGCUCUUCUCUGCGACCAUUGCUGCGCAUGUUCAAAAGGUCGCUGGCCUCGUACUUUCCCCUGGCUACAAAUUUAUUAGUACCAUCCCUGAAGGUGAGAGUAAUACACACGAGCGUGUUCCACAGAUGCUCGUUACUGUGCCGCUCUUUACAGAUGUUGCUCCUGCAAUGAUUGCUGCGCUUCACCACGAGUGCACAGAUGAUACAUUCAAGGCGAUUGUCUUUGCACCUACAGCCGCCAUGGCGGACUGGUAUGGUGCUAUUAUCGAACGCUUCAAGACUCUGCCCCCUGUUUCCGUAUUGCACUCGCGCAUUUCCCAAAGCAAACGCACGAGCAUCACAAAUGCUUUCCGUGGUUGCAAGGCCGGUAUUCUCGUUGCGACAGAUGUGAUUGCUCGCGGCAUUGACUUUCCCGAUGUUUCUGAUGUCUUUCAGGUCGGUAUUCCAGCAGCGAGGGAAGACUACAUUCAUCGACUCGGGCGUACAGCACGAGCUGGCAAGGAAGGUCGUGGUAUUCUCAUUGUUGCUGAGCCGGAGACUUUCUUCCCGCGCUUUACACUGAAGGAUAUCCAGUUCCAACAGAUGCCUGUCGAUAGCGUCAAGUUUCGACGCGAGGUGGAUCAGCAAGCGCAAUCGAUCGGCGGCUUUGAGAAACCAUACCAGGCGUGGAUGGGCUACUACAAGAAUCACCUGCGUGCCAUGAAGUGGGAUACGGCAGAGUUGGUGCGGCAGGCCAAUACAUUCGCGAUUGAAGCUCUCAAGGCACCUGAAGUACCGAGCCUGCAGCGCAAGAUCAUUGGCAAGAUGGGUCUAAAGGGUGUCCCUGGACUCAAUAUUCGACCCAACGACAGCAUGCCAUCUGGUGCACGCGGCGGCGGUGAGGGUCGCAGUGGUGGCUCUGGUGGACGUGGAGGGCGUCGAUAGAUGCUUUGCGAUGACAACGACGAUGUGGACGUGAUAGACUAUAGACCGGCAUAGUAAGUAAUGUGACUGUUUCUACGAUGGCCAA